AUGGCACCCAAAACUACCAAGGCCCGGCCGGCGGCGAAAGCCACGCCACCAUCAACUCCGGCAGCAGCCUCGACAUCAUCGUCCAAGGUCCCGAGUACGCCCGCCAAGGCGCCAAGGUCGCUGAUCCCACUGCAGCACUACGGCGCUCGCGUUCCGCUGCAACUCGCGGCGCUCUUCUUCGCCCUCUCGACCUCGUCCUCACGCCACGUACCCCGUACGACACCCCAAGCGAGGAUACUACACUCCCUCAUUGAGGACCCGGUCGCGUUCUUGGGGUCGGCGUGUGCUAUGGUCGCGGUCGUGCAGGUUUGGUUCGGCGUGUGGUGCAAGGGAAUACUGGAUCAAGCGCAGCAACAGCCAAGCGAGAACGACAAGCCACCGCCAAGAAAGGAAGUUGGGGAGAAGAAGUCGUUUGGUAAGAUGUUUGGCGAGGCAUUGGGCGGUGUACGACCGACCGCGAGGCCGAGGACGCUGCCCGAAAGCGGUGGCGGAAGGGGGGGUGGUCUUGAAGCGCUCCGAGUAGAGGUUCGUGCGGUGGUGCGCUUGUGCGCUUCUCCUUCCUUUCAGACGCUGACACACGAACAUGUAAAGCAGACACUGAUGCCGGCCGUGACGACAACCAUCAUUUUGGCAUUCGUCAUCCACGUCGUCGCCUUUACCCUCGGCGCUCCCCUCAUUCGGUGAGCAAAAUUCUCCAGUGUCGUCGUCCGCUCCGGACAGCGCUGACUUGGAUCCUUUCGCAACUUCCGACAGAAGUAUCCCCGAGACGUUCCUCCUCUCGCUUCUCGUCUCGAUCCUCGCUUUCCUCCCCUUGGCGAUCACGUUCGGCCAACCCCACCCCAAGAAACCGGAGCGCUUCGUCUGGCUCAGGCUCUUUUCCUCCCUCUCGUCAGUCAGAGUACACCAAAUUACCACGCGACCGGUGACUCCGAGCUGAUGGAGGUCAUGUCUAUUUUACCACGACAGACCACAGACCGAUCUCGAGAUCGCUCUGCUCUUGCCUGCCCUCGGAGCCCUCGCCGGAGCGUGGCUCGGCGCCGUUCCGAUGCCUCUCGAUUGGGAUCGAGCAUGGCAGGUAAGCUCUCAAUCCUAUCUUCCCCACCGUAUGCCAGAAAGCUUGUAAGGCUGAUCAAACGUGCAUGGUCAUCAUGCCGAUAGAAAUGGCCAACGACGUGUGUCGUCGGGACGUUGCUGGGUUACGGCGUGGGCUCAAUCGUGGCUUUGGUAGCAAUUGCGAUGGAGUUCCCCAGGGGAGCAAACUUAGGGUCAACGAAACCAAAAUCGAAGUGA